AUGGAUUCCUUUUUGAGUGUCACUGCCAGAAAAACUUUAGGAAGGUUCACCACGUAUCAUUUUGUUCAUAAUCAGGAGUUUGGACAUGUUGAUCCAAUAUUUUUCGCUAUUUUUGGUGAGGAAUUAGGACCCGUUUGGCACUUGGAAGAUAUUGAAGGGCAUCAACAUCAGUUAAGCUUUAAUAUGGAUGACCUACAAUCUGACUUUGCAGAUUACGUUCGUAAACGUAGAUUGAGGAGGUUGGAAUUGCAGGGACGUAACAACACCUUCAUUGUUCAAUGUAAACUUCUGCUCCGUAAUACACCAAAGAAGUCAAUAUCCAAAGAAAAUGUUACGCCAGAUUCAACUAGCAAAACCUACUUAUCUCUCAAUGAAGAUACAGAUGUGCAGAAUAAAAGAAUUCAAUCUACUAUUAGAAAGCCACUUUCCGAGUUGACAUAUUGUGAACUUGAACAAAAUAAUGGGAAAGCUGCACGAAGAAGAAGAAAACUUAUUAUAAAUCACAAGUUGGCAGAUAAAAAAUUUCAUGGUUCUACAUCAAUUGGAUCUACCAAUGCUCCAAUUUUGCAAAACAACAACAGUAACAACACAGGUUUACAAUUCUGUCAGCCUUCUCGGGAGCAGGCUAUUAGAUCUAUUUCGAAGAUAUUGGAUUUUGACAAUAAUUCUGAAGAAGAUGAAAAUGAUGAUAACAUAAUUGGACAUUUCAAAUCUGAUUUGUAUUCAAAAGCUGAAAUUCAAGGAAAUGUUGAUGUUGGGGAGUGUUCACUUGAGUGUCCCUAUUGUCAAGCUCAACUGUGGUACGAAGAAAGAUCUGAUAAAUGCAAAAGAUUAAAACAAGUUGAUUUCUCUCUUUGUUGUCAAAAGGGAAAAGUACAACUUCCAUUGUUGAAGAAACCUCCACAAUUGCUUCAAAAGUUGUUAAAAGGAGAAGACAGUACAAGCCAGAAUUUCUUACAUUACAUAAGAAGUUACAACAACAUGUUCUCAUUUACAUCCAUUGGUGCUAAGAUCCAUUCCUCAAUCAACGAUGGAUCAGGUCCUCCUCAAUUUAUUCUUAGUGGUCAAAAUUACCAUCGCAUUGGAAGUUUAUUGCCCGAAAAAGGAUCAAAUCCCAAAUUUGCACAACUAUAUAUUUAUGACACAGAAAAUGAAACAAGCAACAGAGUUAGUCACUUUGGGUCUGAUAGUCAACAAUCCAUAUUUGAUAAAUCAUUGAUCGAAGAAUUGAAGAAAAUGAUUGACAAACACAAUGUACUUGCUCAAACAUUCAGAAGAGUAAGAGAUUUUAUACAUGAUCAUGAACAAUCAGAUUUUGGAUUGAGGUUAUUUAGACAUCGCUUUAAGGAUCCUAGAGUAUAUAAUACACCAAUAGCAGAUGAAGUGGCAACAUUGAUUGUUGGUGAUUUGAGCACCUUAGAUGUAGGAAGGGACAUCAUUGUCAAGAAAGUUUCUGGUCAAUUAACAAGACUACAUGAAACACACACAUGUUUCAUUCCUCUUCAAUAUCCUUUGAUUUUCCCAUAUGGAGAGGAUGGUUAUCAAGAGGAUAUUCCAAUUAGAGAUUGUCAAAAAUAUGGACAAAGUAGAAAGAGAAUUCGCAUUUCUUUACGAGAAUUCAUUGCUUUCAGAAUACAAGAGAGAAAGUUUGAAUUUGGUAAUGUUGUAAAUUCACAAGCUGUUAACAAAGGUGAAACUGAUCCUUCUUCCAUUGGUAAGCGUAUUGUUCUUCCAGCUUCAUUUACAGGUGGUAUGAGAUACAUGUUCAAUAAUUGCCAAGAUGCUAUGGCAGUUUGUAAGAGGUAUGGCUAUCCAGAUUUGUUUAUAACAAUCACAUGUAAUGUAAAUUGGCCUGAAAUUGUUGAUUUUGUCAAAUCAAGAGGAUUAACUGCUUCAGAUAGGCCAGACAUAGUUUGCAGAGUUUUUAAAAUGAAAUUAGACCAAAUGAUGACAGAUUUCAAGAAGAAUAAUUUCUUUGGCAAAGUCAAUGCAGGUAUGUAUAUUGUUGAAUUUCAGAAGAGAGGUCUGCCACAUGCUCAUAUAUUACUAUGGUUGAGUGACUCUAACAAGUUAGAAAAUGCAAAGCAUAUAGAUCUAGUUAUCUCUGCUGAACUUCCUCAUCCAUAUCUCUAUCCUAAACUUUCAAAGGCUGUUCAAACAUAUAUGAUACAUGGUCCUUGCGGAGCUGCUAGAUUCAACUCGUCAUGUAUGAAAGAAGGUCGAUGUUCUAAAUUUUUUCCUAAAAAAUUUAGACAUUCAACUACAAUUGAUGAAGAUGGAUAUCCUGUAUAUAGACGUAGAGAUGAUGAUUUAUUUGUGUUGAAAAAUGGACAUAAAUUAGGUAAUGCAAAUGUGGUGCCGUAUAGUCCUCUUUUGUUAAUGCGUUAUCAAGCUCAUGUUAAUACAGAAUAUUGCAACAAAUCCAACUCAAUCAAGUAUUUGUUCAAAUAUGUAAACAAAGGUCCUGAUAUAGCAACAAUUAAAAUUACAGACAAGGAGAAUGAAUCUACAGAGAUACGUAUUAUUGAUGAGAUAAAAAGAUACUAUGAUUGUAGAUAUUUAUCUGCAUGUGAAGCAGUUUGGCGAAUUUUUGGUUUUGAUAUCCAUCAUCGGUGGCCAGCUGCUCAACGAUUAACUUUUCACUUACAAGAUCAACAACCAGUUUUGUUUAAAGAUGAUGAUCGAAUUGAUGAUGUAUUGCAUAGGAAUGAGAAUAUGAACACCAUGUUCCUAGCUUGGUUUGAAGCUAACAAAAAAUUUGAGGAAGGUAGAAACUUGACCUAUGCUGAAUUUCCAACAAAGUUUGUUUGGAUGUCUCAACAAAAACAAUGGAAACCAAGAAAGCAAGGUUAUAGUAUUGGUCGACUAACAUAUGUUCCUCCAGGAUCAGGUGAAUGCUACUACAUGAGAAUCUUACUAACAAAACAAAAAGGUUGUAUUGAUCAUGAUAGUAUAAAGACAAUUAAUGGUAAAACAUUCUCCACAUACCAAGAGGCUUGCCAAGAAUUAGGAUUAUUGGCAGAUGACAAAGAAUUCAUUGAUGUCAUUAAAGAGGCUAGCCAUCUUGCAUCUGGAAAUCAACUUAGAAGGUUAUUUGUUGCUUUGUUAAUCAUGAAUACAAUGUCUAAGCCAAAUGUUGUUUGGGAUGCAACUUGGACUUUACCUGCAGAUGGUAUCCUAUAUCAAAAAAGAAAAGACUUGAACAUACCAUAUUUUCAAAUUGAAAAGCAUGAUUUACACAAUCUUUGCUUACUAGAAGUACAAGAACUUCUAAAUUCAAAUGGGCGAGCUUUAUCAGAUUAUAGUUGCCUUCCUCAACCUGAUCUUUCAAAUUCAUUCAAAUUUCAGAACAGGUUCAUUGUUGAUGAAAUGAAUUAUGAUAAAGAACAAAUGGAGAAGCUACAUCAAUCUUUAUUGCAGUCUGUCACUAAUGAGCAACUACAUGUUUAUAACAGAAUUAUGACAGCAGUGAACUCAGAGGUAGGGGAUUUCUUUUUCUUAUAUGGUUAUGGUGGUACUAGAAAAACAUAUCUCUGGAAACUUUUGUCAGCUGCUAUUAGAGCAAAGGGAAUGAUUGCCCUUAAUGUAGCUUCAAGUGGCAUUGCAUCUUUAUUGCUUCCUGGAGGUAAAACUGCUCAUUCUACUUUUUGCAUACCAUUAGCAAUCAAUGAUGAAUCAACAUGUAACAUCAAUCAAGGAAGUCUUCGUGCUAAACUAUUGAUGGAAGCAAAACUUAUAAUAUGGGAUGAAGCUCCUAUGAUGAAUAAGCUAUGCUUUCAAGCUUUUGAUAGAACAUUGAGAGACAUUAUGAGAGCUACGAAUCAACAUAAUGCUGACAAACCAUUUGGUGGAAAGGUGGUGGUCUUGGGCGGUGAUUUUAGACAAAUCUUGCCAGUAGUAAGAAAGGGAUCAAGGUAUGAUAUUGUGAACUCAUCAAUUAACUAUUCUGAUUUGUGGCAAUAUUGCACAGUUCUUAAGCUAUCACAAAACAUGAGGUUAAAGACUGCUACUUCAAAUGAAAGUGCAAAAGAUAUAAAAGAAUUUGCUGAUUGGAUUCUUAAAAUUGGAGAUGGAAAUAUGAAUUUGAAUGAAAGUGGUGAAGCCAACCUUUCAAUACCAACAGAUCUUCUAAUUCAGGAAAGUGAAACACCUUUACUUUCUUUAGUCAAAUUUGUUUAUGGUGGUCUAAUUGAAAAUAUCAUGACUCCUGGAUUCUUUGAUGAUGGUGCAAUACUUUGCCCUACAAUUGAUAGUGUUGAACAAGUAAAUGACUUCAUUUUAUCUUUGAUUCCUGGUGAAGAACAAGUUUAUUUAAGUUCAGACACUCCUUGCCAAUCUGAUGAUGAUCAAGAAAUUCAAGGUGAGUGGUUUACUCAAGAGUUUCUAAAUGAUAUUAAAUGUUCAGGAAUUCCAAAUCAUAAGAUUAAAUUGAAAGUUGGCGUACCAAUUAUGCUUUUAAGAAACAUUGAUCAAGCAAAUGGUCUGUGCAAUGGUACAAGGUUGCAAGUUAAUGAUUUGGGAAAGAAUGUUAUCUCUGCUACAGUAAUAACUGGCAAAAAUGUUGGUGACAAAAUAUUCAUACCAAGAAUGAACUUGACACCUUCUGAUUCCAGCAUCCCGUUCAAAUUUCAAAGGAGGCAAUUUCCAAUAUCCUUAUGCUUUGCGAUGACAAUAAACAAAAGCCAAGGUCAAACUCUUUCUAAAGUUGGACUUUAUCUUCCUCGCCCAGUUUUUACUCAUGGACAAUUGUACGUAGCAGUUUCUAGAGUCACAUCAAAGAAAGGACUAAAAAUCUUAAUUCUGGAUGAAGAUGGAAAAGUAACCACUACAACUACAAAUGUGGUUUACAAAGAAAUCUUUGAAAAUCUUUGA